AUGCCUUCUUCGCAUUCUAUCUUCUUCGCCUUUGGUUUUAUCAUCGGUCUUCGGUCUUCAUCUUCAGCCCUCGAUCUUCGGUCUUCAUCUCCAGCCCUCGGUCUUCGGUCUUCAUCAUCGGUCUUCGGUCUUCAUCCCCAGCCCUCGGUCUUCGGUCUUCAUCACCGCUCUUCGAUCUUCAUCUUCAUCUUCAUCAUCGGUCAUCGGUCUUCAUCAUCGGUCUUCAGUCUUUAUCUCCAGCCCUCGUUCUUUGGUCUUCAUCAUCGGUCUUCGGUCUUCAUCGCCAACUCUCGGUCUUCAUCAUCGGUCUUAGAUCUUCAUCUUCAUCAUCGGUCAUCGAUCUUCAGUCUUCAUCUUCACCAUCGCCCUAGGUCUCCAUUUUUCAUCAUUGUCUUCGUUCUUCAUUCUUCAUCUUCGCCCUCGGUCUUCAUUCUUCAUCUUCGCCCUCAGUCUUCUUUCUUCAUCUUCGCCCUCGGUCUUCAUUCUUCAUCUUCGCCCUCGGUCUUCAUUCUUCAUCUUUGCCCUCGGUCUUCAUUCUUCAUCUUUGCCCUCGGUCUUCAGUCUUCUUCUUCGCCCUCGGUGUUCAUUCUUCAUCUUCACCCUCGGACUUCAUUCUUCAUCUUCGCCCUCGGUCUUCAUUCUUUAUCUUCGCCCUCGGUCUUCAUUCUUCAUCUUCGCCCUCGGUUUUCAUUCUUCAUCUUCGCCCUCGGUCUUCUUUCUUCAUCUUCGCCCUCGGUCUUCAUUCUUCAUCUUCGCCCUCGGUCUUCAUUCUUCAUCUUCGCCCUCGGUCUUCAUUCUUUAUCUUCGCCCUCGGUCUCCAUUCUACAUCUUUGCCCUCGGUCUUCAUUCUUCAUCUUCGCACUCGGUCUCUAUUCUUCAUUUUUACCCUCGGUAGGUAUUCGGUCUUCAUCUUCGUCUUAA